AUACAGGUUAAGAGGAGAAGAAAAGCUACUAAUUUUAUGUUUACUCGAUUAGAAUAAUUUUCGGUGUCAAUCAGCGUUUUUAUCUCUGCAACAUUCUAACCACUUGUAUCAAAUUACUUGUUUUACCUAUAAUUUUUGUAAACAAUAUUAAUAUUUUUCACACAAAAACUUAUUUCUUUAGUUAGUAAGCAAGGAACUUGAAGUUUCAAGUCACAAAUAAACAAAAAUUAAAUUAAAUUUCAAUUGACACACUCAAAACACAUCUGUUCUCGUUAUUAUCAACAAUGAAACUAUAUUUGGUGUGAACAUAUGUAUAAUUAUGUAAUUAUAUAUAGAAACAAAAUUUUCAUAUAUAAACAUAUAAAAAUAUAUAAAAAAUCAUAUAAUUAUAUAUAAUUACAUAUAAAUUUAUAUGAUUAUAUAUAAAUAUUUUUUCCCUGGCUGACAUUUCGACUUCUGUCAUAAUCAAUUACUAUGCAAGCCGUUAAAUAGUAGCUUGCAAUUGUCGUCAUUUAAUUCACUCCUUAUUUUAAAACACUUCUAAUUUUAACGGAAAAAAAUGUAUUCAAAUCAUUUCGCAAGCAAGCGUACUACAUAAUGUGAACCUUUUGAUAGAUAUAUUUUCGUUUUUCUUUCUAUCAGAUGUUGGUCCGAAAAGUUAAGCAUUCCAUAUUUAGAUCGAUGUAUUAAGGUAGAUAUCACGAGUAUCGUCUGAGAUACUCAUCUCAGAUCUAAAGUAGAUCCUGAACGUAGGCUGAAACCUAAUAAAAUGAACGACUUAUUCCAAGACCGACACCCGAAAUUCUUUACAAUUCAACUCUGCUGAAUCCUUUCGUUCCACCUUCCUUUUGUCGUGAUUGCGUCGUUCACCAAUAUCUUGGUGAAACACCGAAUCCUCGAAUUUCACGACGACUGAAACAAUCGAUAGAUAAGGGUCGGUAAUUAGGAAAGAUCGCGAUCGUUAAUAAUUGUCAAGAGGUAAGUAAGGUUAAUUUUGUAAGGUUAAUCUUGUAAAAACAGCUGGAACAUUUUAACCUAACAAAGGAUGCGGCUAAUUCACCUCUUCUGUAAUUACAUAUUAACAUUGUUAAAAUGUUCACACGAUGAGUUCUGCCGCGCAUUCUUAUUUUAUAUUACAAUUGUACAUACUGUGAUUCAUAUAGUAAGAAUCUUUACAAGACAAUGGCCGGUAUUCAUAGUUGGAUCUUAUAUUUAAGGCCGUCUCAAGUUAAUCCUCAGAUGCUGAACGGCUCAUUUCAUUGGCUACGAAGCAUUUGAAGGUGAACCCAAGACGGUCUUGAGUGCAAGAUUUGAUCAUGAAUGACGGCCAAUGAGUUAAUUUAUUGUAAAUCGGUAUGUGUGCACUUAAGAGUGUUAGCUUUCGUCACAGCCAAGUUCCGGAAGAAGCGAGCCGGUACCGUCACACGAUAUGCGCCACGUCGAUCGUCGGAAAAAAGUCAAGUCGCGCUAACCGUUUGCGAAUCUUUUUCUGUUUCAGACUCGAAGUACGUCAUGACGUUCAGGCACACCUGCAUUACUUGCGGCAAAGAUUACAAGCACAAGCAUCACCUGAAGCGCCACCACGAUUUCGAGUGCGGGAUCGAUCCGAAGUUCAAGUGCGCCUUUUGCCCUCACAGGACCCGGUAUAAGGACAGCCUGAUGAAGCACAUCCUGGCGCGUCAUCAGCAUCUCCUUGAACAGAAUUCGCAAUACAGCGCUCAUCAACAGCCGUUCGAGAAUCAAACCGACAACGACGCGAGUCUUCAUGCGCAAGGAACCAUGUUCAGUGCAGCCUACAGUUCAGCCAACUGGACGAUACCCACGUUGCCAUCUACCUCGCGCAUCGCCAUGUACACUAGGCGGCUACGUUCGAUGACCACUAAUGACGAUGGUAGAAACGGAGGAACAGGUCCUCGUAAGUAUCUCUGCAAUGAUUGCAACCGGACCUUUGCCCUGAAGGCCUCGUUGAUGCGGCACAAAGCGUUCGAAUGCAACAAGGGUCGGCAGCCGUAUGAGCGACAAUCAUCCGAGGAAUACGAGAAGAAGAAGCUCAGAAAGAAACACGUAUGCCCGCAGUGCAAUCGCGUCUACGCCUUCUUUACAUCGCUGUGGCGACAUCAGAAGUAUGAGUGCGGCGUGGAGCCGAAGUUCAUCUGCCCCAUCUGCAGGGGCCGAUUUUCACAGAAGAGCAAUCUGGAUCGUCAUGUGCGAACGAAGCAUUGAGUCGCGCCCGUGUAACUUUGAAUUCGGGAUUUUAGUGUUUAAAUACGAGUAGAUAAGUGUGACCUGUUCAUGAAUGCGUCGGUUGUUUUUCUUUUUCAUCAGCGUGAUAGUAAUUUUUUCCUAAUAUAAUUGCAUGUAAUCUUGUAUUUUUAUUAUUCGAUAUUAUGUUAUAUUUGACAGACAUUGUUAAACUAAGAAAGAGGUACAAUUGAAUUUUUUUUUUCUUAAAUUUAUUUAUGACUACACAGAUGGUGACGGAAAUGUGAAACAGUUGCGGCAGAUUUAACAGAUCAAAUUGGUGUUUCAAUCGCACGACUUAUGUGGCACCAUGGAAUAA